GGGACCUUGUAUGAUCCUCUGCGAGGUCUACGACGCCGCUGAAUGUGACCUGCCUAUCACACAGUCUUCAGACAGAGUUGAAUUCGGAUCGCCAUCAUCCUCGUCGUCGUAGCCUGCCGCCGGUCUCGUGGUCAACUCUGUCUGAAUGUUGUCGUCCCACUUUUUAAGUUUUUAAUUAGUUUAUUGAAUGUUUUUACUCCCAAUUAUUUUUUCCCGGGGCGUGUGUUGCUAGAAAAUGUGAGAAUGUAGUCCAGUGAUACAACUUAAACCCAAAAAUCAAAUCGGUUAUGUAAUCGUUACUUGUAUUUUUCCAUUCCAUUCCAUUCCGUUCCAUUUCAUUCGCAGCGUAUCGUGUUGAGUGUCAAGCUAUAGAAUCUGUUAUCUGUGUACCUUAUUUGUGAUAUCAUAACCAACCGCAACAAAUAGUUUAUAAUAAUCAACCAGUUUUGUUGCCUAAUAAUAAUCAUUUAACAUAAACGCGACUAACGGAGACUGUGGAACAAGAGGCGAUUACAUAAGCACGACCAGCGGCGAAAUGGAUUACGUAACACUCGUGUGGCAUGCACUGUGAAUGAAGAAGUAACAGCCCACUGCUGAGCACGGCAUCUUCGUACUAGCCAAUACGGCGGAAAAUCAAAAUUAGAUGGCGGCCAAGUGAAAAUCCCCCCUUUUUAGCCGAAAGUUAAGUCGUAAAAUUAUUGCUGGCUUCACAGAAAUUAAUCGCCAGCCAAUUCGCCACGCCCAUCGGCACGGUAAGCCGCCGUGAAGUUGGAAGCAAAGUACGGGCAUAUUUAUGCGCACAAGUGAUAACCACGGAACGGUCAACGGAGCAGAGCAUUCGCUGCGCUAGGAACGGUACGGCACGGGCACCACAGUGAGCCAAGUGGGAGAUCCAUAACCGGAGUCAGAACAAGAGUGAGAGCCGGGAGGUUUCGGCCACUGCCACAGCAUCACCAUGAAGGGCUUGACGGCGUUUAAGGAGAAGGCAUCGGGCGUGUUUGGCGGCCUCAAGCCGAACAUGGAGAAGUUCGAGAUAUCUCAGAGCUACCACACCGGACACGGCGGGUACGAGGAGAUGGAGGGCGGCGAGCGCGAGGGCCACGGACCCGGCGGCGGCCACGCCUACGACGACGACGACGACCGGCCCGACUCGCCCGCCUCGUUUGAGGAGAUAGAACGUCCGCCGCUCCGGAAGAUCGACAAGUAUUGCAAGGCGGAGUGCCCAUGCAUGCCAGCCCGCUACACCAUCGCCACCAUGGCCUGCGUGGGUUUCAUGAUCGCCUUCGGCAUGCGCUGCAAUAUGUCGGCGGCGAAGCUAAAGGGCGAGCACAACGGGACGGUUUUCAUGAACUGGACGGUUGCCGUGGAGAGCCAUGUGGACUCGUCCUUCUUCUGGGGCUAUCUGGUGACGCAGAUUCCCGGCGGCUUCAUUGCAUCCAAGUUUCCGGCCAACAAGAUAUUCGGCCUCUCCAUCGUCAGCUCGGCAACGCUGCAUCUGUUCGUGCCCUUUGCCAUGACGCUGAUGCACGGCCACGUGGUGAUUGGUGUGCGCGUGCUGCAAGGACUCUUCGAGGGUGUAACGUAUCCGGCCUGUCACGGCAUCUGGCGGUUCUGGGCGCCACCCAUGGAACGCUCUCGUUUGGCCACCCUAGCCUUUUCGGGAUCCUAUGCUGGAGUCGUUGUGGGUCUGCCCCUGUCCGGGCUGCUGGCCGAUACCGUGGGCUAUCAGGCGCCGUUCUAUGCCUACGGGGUGUUUGGGAUCAUUUGGUACAUGUUCUGGAUAUGGCUGUGCUUUGAGAACCCGCGAAAGCAUCCGGCCAUCAGCAUUCCCGAGCUGAAGUACAUCGAAAAGUCGCUGGGAGAGUCCGCCCAUCCGACGAUGCCAUCGCUGAAGACGACGCCCUGGCGGGAAAUAAUGCACUCGAUGCCGGUCUAUGCCAUCAUAGUGGCCAACUUCUGUCGAUCCUGGAACUUCUACCUGCUGGUCUUGUUCCAAUCCUCGUUCCUCAAGCACAAGUUCGGCUUCAAGGUGGAGGAGGCUGGCUUUGUGGGAUCCCUGCCGCAUCUGAUCAUGACAACGAUUGUGCCGUUCGGCGGUAUGCUGGCGGAUCAUCUGCGAAAGAAUGGCAUCCUGUCCACCACGAAUGUGAGAAAGCUGUUCAACUGCGGCGGGUUCGGGAUGGAGGGCCUGUUCUUCCUAUUCGUGGCACAUUCCUCGACGGCGACGGGAGCCAUGUUUGCCUUGACUUGCGGCGUGGCCUUCAGCGGGUUUGCCAUAUCAGGCUACAAUGUCAACCAUUUGGAUAUUGCUCCACGCUAUGCGAGUAUCUUAAUGGGUCUCUCGAACGGUAUUGGCACGCUGGCAGGGAUCAUAGUGCCAUACGCACUGGAUGGCCUCAUACAGGCCAAUCCCACUGGCUGCUGGACCACUGUGUUCACCCUGGCCGCCUGUGUUCAUCUGGUGGGCUGCACUUUCUACGGCAUCUUCGCCUCUGGAGAGCUGCAGCCCUGGGCCGAGCCGCCGGCCGAGGAGCAGCAGGUGUGGGCCCCACCGGCGGGAGCCAUCACCAACACGGAUCCCAGCCAGGCAGGCAUGAUGGGCAACUACAUGAAGGAGACCUCAUUCGGUGCACCCGAGUACAAUGAGCAGAGCCAAAUGCAGCAAUCAAGUGCCAUUAGCUAUGGCGCCACCGGGCACGUGGCCAACAAUCCAUUUGCCAUGGCCGCCAGUGCACCCAUUGCCGAGGAACCCGCCCCGCCGCCGUACGACGACGUGGCCUACAACUACGACUACACGCAAGGACAACCCCAGCCGGGACCGCUAGGACAGCCAGGACAGCCGCCGUACGACCCGCAGUCCUACCAGCAGCAAUAAAGGAAUCACUUUAGUCACUGAUAUAUAUCAUAGCUCUUAGUUGUAGUUGGAAAUUGUUUACCGUUUAUCGUUUGUUCUUGGUGUGUCGUUAAAGUUAUUCUAUCGCAUUAUACGUUCGGUUUUAUUCCAAGAACUGGGGUCGCUAGUCACAUAUGUAGUUAUAAAUACGAGACACUGCAGCUGAGUAAAGUACUAUAAAGGAAACACGUUCAAUCGAAUUUUCAGCAAGGAACGCCACAAGCCACACACUAACACAAAGAAACUAUGUACCUAACAGAGAAACUACAUAUGCAUACAU